AUGAUCGUCAAGGUUGGGAUGAUCCGCCGCGGUGGCAACGUAUCAGAAAGUCGCAACGAUGAGUUCAGUGAUUGGCCCCAAUCAUUGCUUGCAAUUGGGACAUUUGGAAACAAGCAGCUCGAGGAAGAAGUAGCAGAGAGCUCUUCAGCGAAUGUUCAGGCGACGCAAGAUCCCGCCAAGUUUACAGAGGAGGAAGUAGACAAUAUACGAAGAGAAUUCGAGGUGCUCCUGCAAGGCAAUGGUCAAGCAGAAGCUCAGGGCUCCUGUGAAGAUGAACAGGUAGCUUCGAAAGAACAUGACGGUGAAGAUAACAACGAGAAGCAGCGCAGGGACAGGGAGCAAUUGAUGAACAGGGAGAUGAUCAUAAGCAAAGCGAGAGAAAUAGUAGGGAAGAAAAAGAGUGCUAAGCUCAAGCCAAGAUCGAUGGCCUCGCUCCUUAGAUUACUCGUGUGCAAGGGCGGGUUUACCACCCCGGUUCUGGAACCAAGGAACUCUUUCCCCCAAUCAAGAAUGGAGAAGCUGCUCAAGGCAAUCCUGCAGAAGAAAAUACACCCACAGAAUUCCAACACGGUAGCAACCAGGAGGCACUUGGACUGGAAGCUAGACGAGAAAGAGAUCAAUGAAUGCCUUGAGGUUGAGGAUGCGCUGCGUGAUCUUGAUGACGAUGAUGGCGCAAAGUGGGUCAAAACUGAUUCAGACUUUAUUGUGCUUGAAAUGUAA